CCGUGAUUUGAAGAGAGAGCAUCUUCUUAGCUCCAGAUUUUUAAAGUGAAAUUAUUUAUUGAUCAUUGCCAAGUGUUGGCUUUUGAACUGAAGUUUUGGAAUUCAUUUCUUUUAUAAAUACGCUUUGUGACUUAUUCUUUCUUGGACUUUGUGAAGAGAAAGUGCCGUGUUGUGUUAUUGCAAAAAAAUCUUUUGAAGAUUGGUGAUGCCAGUUUUUAUAAGUUAGUGAGAUUGAUAUCUUAGUGAUUUUGUUUUAAGUCAGUGGUUUGUUAAUCAAGUGAAAUGUGUAUGCUGUGUUCAAUGUGGUUCCUGACCCGUAGGGCUUCAAGGAGUGCAUCCGCAGUGACCAUGCCGUCGGAGGUAGCUCUGGGCAAGUCGAUGCAACGCGAGCUGGCGGACUCCAUCAUCAGGAUGGUGCCGCUCGAUGAGAUCCGGAUAUUACUGGCUUGUGGUGCUAAGGUAAACGAGCCAGUAACCCAAGGUCUCCGUCCGCUGCACUACGCGAUCUGGCAGCGAUACCUGGAGGCGACCCGACUGCUCGUCGUGAGGGGGUGCGAUGUGAACGCCAGGGAUGAUUGUGGAUACAGCGCUUUGCAUCUGGCUGCUGAGCAUGGCUACACGGAACUAGUAAAGCUGCUACUAGAAAGUGGUGCAGCAGUGGACUACAGGCCUGACACAGGCGAGGAGUUCCCGCGCACCACGCUCUGUGACGAGCCUCUGCGGCUGGCCAUCAGGAAUAAACAUUAUGAGGUAGCCCGUCUUCUCCUAGAACACGGGGCAGACCCUAACAAGAGGUACUUCUUCGGCGCCGAGAUCAACCUGGUGUCAGACCCUGAGUACUUGGAGCUGCUGCUCACGUUCGGAGCCAACCCUGACUCCAGGGACCGGGCGGGGUUGACGCCGCUGAUGAAGGCUGCGAGGCAGAGGAAGGGCAUGGAUGCAGUCCUGCUGCUGAUCAGCUUCGGAGCCGACGUGAACGCGAUGGCGGACGCCAGAAACGACUACCGGACUGUCAUGCAUUAUGCUGUCUUAAGUGGUAACCCAGAGGUGGUGAACCUAAUGAUAAAGCAAGGCGCUAGAGUAAACUACGAGUGUCCCGAGCUGAGCAAGCCUAGUCCGUUAGACCUUGCUAUAUUGAAGGGAGAUGUCGCUAUGCUGCAGAUGCUGUUGGCUGCUGGAGCUCAAGUGAACGCGUCAAGCUCAGUGAUCGGGUCUCCGCUACACGUCGCGUGCUCAGACAAUAUUACUAACAGGAAGGAAAUUGUUCAAAUUCUUCUAGAAAGUGGCGCGGACCCAAACCUGAAGGUGUACAAUGAUGAAGACGCUACACAGCUGCGUCCAGCUCUGGCGGAGUACCUCGCCAGCAACACGGAGCCUAGUGCUGAGAUUGUUGCUCUGCUGCUCAGAUAUGGCGCCAGGGUCAUCAUGAAAACUCAAUUUCGUGACCCGGACGGCAUCUUAAACCAUCUCCAGAACGUGACUUCGGAAGAGUACCAGCAUAUCUUCUACCUUCUUCUAGAAGCAGCCGAAGCAUUCGAUCUUUGCAUGAUAAAGAGAAACAACUCCGUUACUGCGGUACAAAAAGAAAAUCUAAUCCAACGUGCUAAGACCCCUAUCUCCUUGCUGGCACAAACCAGGAUAUUUUUAAGGAGAUAUUUUAAAACUACUUUGGUUGAUGUAGUCCAGGACAUAGAAUUACCAAAGAUUCUUCACCAAUAUUUGCUUUUUAAUUGUCGUUAAAGCGACAAUUUUGGUAAUGUAAGGUUUUACUUAGGCUGAAGAUGGAAUUCUUUUGCCUCAUCUUUUUUUUAAAAGGUGCUUUUGGUGUUGCCAGUUGAUUUAGUCUCCCAGGUUAAGGGGUGAUUUAAAAUGUUGAGGCCAGUCAAGUGGGUUAAAGAUAAAAGUUCUUUGGUAUUUUAAUGUGUAACUACGUCUUAUAUGACUAGUAUUAUUAUAUUUUAAUAUCAAGUAUAAGAUUGAUCCUAUUUUUUGUCCUACUUUGUAUUGAAAUUAUAUUUUUGUUUGUCAAUACAAGGAUCUACCAAGUCUUACUAUUUUUAUUUUAGCUUUAAGAAGUGUAUCGACGUACUUAUCUGUAUUUUUAAUAUCAGUAUAUAUUUAUCAUAUCAUUUCAAAAUAUGGUUUUGAGAUUAUUUUUAAACAAUUUUACAAAAAAAAUGUGUUUCAUAAAGAAAGUCUUAUUAUUGAAAAGAAAAAAUUGAGUUAUUUUUAUACAAUUUCGCAGAAUAAAAUGUAAAAGCAAUUGUAAUAUGAAAAUGUUUUGUUAUUAUAAAUUAUAAAUAAUGAAUUAAGACAUAAAUAUCAUCUAUGAAAUCAUUUAAUAUUAUGUAGUCUGAUUUGUCAAUGCUAUGUGAUAAUAAGUAUGUGAUAUAUUUGUAUUAUUAAGGCUUAUUGAGCUUGAAACCUGAGUUUCAACUUGUAUCUAUCUAAUGAAUAUUUUUUUUUAAUAAAAGGAAAAACGUAAAAUAAA